GCGCAGGAGAAGAAGUCCCAGAGAGAUGAGAACCGGCAGAUGCUGGCGGAGCUGCAGCAACAGUGCCAGGAGAAGGCCGCGGAAUGGGACCAGCACGAGGCAGCACGGCACGAGGAGCUUUCAGCAAUCGCGGAUACCAUCGGCCUUCUGGAGGAGAGUCGGCUGGCUCGGAAAGCUCCUGUAAGCUUGCUCCAGCUACAGGACGUGAAAGAUGAUGCCAGGAGCUAUGCCAUGGACAAGCUUACCGCGAUCAAAUCGACCUCCGCGCAGUUCGUCCUCCUGGCGCUCAGGGGUCAGAAGGUUGGCCUGGAGGAGGUGGCGCAGAUGAUCACACGCCUGCUGACCAACCUGCGAUCGGAGGCACAGUCGGAGGCGGAGAAGAAACAGUACUGCCAGGCGAGAUACAGUUCCAGCGCGAGCAAGAAGAGGACGCUGCAGAACAAGGAGCAAGAGGCCGCGGCUGCGAUGGGAGAGGCGCGCGAGAGCCUAAAGCUCAUCCAGGAUGACCUCCAGCAGAUCAAGCAGGGCAUCCAGGACCUGGAUGCCUCCGUCGCGGAGGCCAAGGGAUUGCGGAAAGCCGAGCGCCUCACGCUGGCGAACGAGGAGGCAGACGCCUCGGAGACGGAGGAGAUUCUGCAAAAGGCGAAGACGAGGCUGAGCCGGGUAUACCGUGGGGAUGGCGCAUCCUUUCUGGAUCAGGUUGCCUCUCGACUCCGCAAGCUGCCGUCGGCGGAGUUCGGCGCCAGCUUGGCGGAACCGACCGCCAACAGAGUCCUGUCUCUGCUGGACCGUUUGAUCUCAGACGUCCGCCAUCAGCGGCAAAGCGCCAUGGCGGAGGAAUCCAAAGCGCAGAAGGAGCAUGAUUCCUUCCUCCAGGACUGCGCGAGGAAGCGCUCCACCGAGAUGAACGCGAUGGUGGCCAAGCGUAGCGUGGAGGCCUCGGCCAAAGCGGAGCUGCAGAACUUCAAGGAGCUCCGUGCGACGGCUGAUCAGGAGCUGCAGGCCAACGAGGACUACAAGCUGGCCCUGGACACAGACUGCGCCUGGCUCUUGCAGAACUGGGAGGAGCGCAGCAGCGCGCGCCUGCGGGAGGUUCAGGCCCUCGAAAGUGCACGGUCCACAUUGGUGGAUGAAGCAGGGUAGUCUCCGCGCGGCUGAUCUCCCGAGCUUCAGAUGCCUAUGCCGCGAAGCACGUGUGGCA